AUGGCGAUGUUUCGAUGGCUCGAUCCCACGAAGCGCUACGUUAACACAGUCCACAGCAGGAGCACGGCGCGAUACGACGGCCACGCACACCCACAUAAGAAGGAGAUAACGGAGGAUACUCAGCGUAUAGAGGACACGCCUGAACAGGCCGUUGCGCGGGACUCUACGUGCCUCGAAUUGGCACUCCGCGGCGUCGAGUCUGCGUGGGAGCCGCCGACAAACAUCGACGAGGAAUUCCACUGCCCCCAGGCGGUCCCUAGGCCGGUCCUGGAGGAGCAAGUGCCCGUAGAUACUACGAUAGAGUUCCAGAACAAGGUGGUGAUAUUUGGGACGUCUGCCUGGCUAAAGCGAGACCUCAAGGCACGGUUCGAGUCGCGGGGCCUCGAGCCUUUUAAGGCCCUAAAUAAGCUGACGCUAAGCUCUAUAGUAUCAGACUUCGAGGACAAAGGCGAUAUUCUCCAGCGCGGACACCACGGCGAGCGGCUCCCCGUCUUUCGCCCGAAUCUCCUCCUCACGUCGGUCGCCACUAUAGCACAGGCCUAUGCCGACUUUAGGAAGUUCACUCCUAACGCACGUAUAUAUCUCUUCUACGGUGCAAAGGCGUAUCCCGAUAUCGCAAAGUCGUCGGUCAUUAGGGCCAAGGACAUCGGGCGGGAAAUGGCCAAGUUAGAGAAGGCCAAGUUCCUGCCUAGCACUAGGCGUAUAACGAUCUCGUCGAUAUACUAUAUAUUCCACACGCGAGUCUUUAGGACACUAAAGCAGCUAGCGGCGUUCGAGGAGGGGUCGUCGUAUUCGAGCCUGCCCACGCUGGCGGAUUUGCGCGAGGAGCAGGGCCAGCACUCUAGGCCGGCUAUCCUCCCGACUUUUAACCCAGAUAACCUCGAGCGACGCGAGGCCUGGCACGUCGAGACUAAUAAGGACAAGGCGCAGGCUGUCAUACUAUCAUAUAAGUUCGCGAGCGACGAUAUAAAGAAGGCGCGGUUUGGCUAG